GUUUCCCAAGAUGCCACGGGAAGAGGAAGCCCGAAUGUGACGUUGUUUUAAUCAUGGUACCGCUAGGGAGGGGAAGGGAAGAAAGCGCUAGCAAUCCGAAAUUCAGAUCUAUUCGGCUUCUUCUCAGCACCGGAGGCUCCAGCGGUUCGGCGGUGCAGUGGCUGUGAGGGGCCCAGUGGGAUCAUGGGGGAGAAUGGCCCCCACAGGGAGCCCUUGUACUUCCAGGUGGAGGUGGACUCCCUGACGCCGCACCACCACCACCACCACCACCACGACGAUGACAAAAUGGCCGACUUCGACAAGGAGGAGGACGAGGAGGACCUGCUGCCCUCCACCUCGGCCGCGGGCCGCGUGUACGACCGCACCACCGUGCUCAUCGAGCAGGACCCCGUGGGCCUGGGCGACGACGAGGAGGAAGAGGAGGAGGACGACGAGCACUGCCACGGCGACGCGCGGGAGAGCGGCGCGGGCAUGAGCUUCAUGGCCGAGGGCGCGGGCGGGGCCCUCACCUUCAUGGUGGACCCCGAGGGCAUGUCCCAGGGCUACGUGCACCACACCAUCUCCCCCGACCAGAUCCAGUUCAUCAUCAACCCCGGCUCCACGCCCAUGCCCCGGAACAUCGAGGGGGCGACCCUCACCCUGCACUCCGAGUGCCCCGAGACCAAGCAGAGAGAGGUGAAGAGGUACCAGUGCAUGUUUGAGGGUUGCACGCGCACGUACAGCACGGCGGGGAACCUGCGGACACAUCAGAAGACACACCGCGGCGAGUACACCUUCGUGUGCAACCAGCAGGGCUGCGGCAAGGCCUUCCUGACGUCCUACAGCCUCAAGAUCCACGUGCGCGUGCACACCAAGGAGAAGCCCUUCGAGUGCGACGUGCAGGGCUGCGAGAAGGCCUUCAACACGCUGUACAGGCUGAAGGCUCAUCAGAGGCUGCACACGGGGAAGACGUUUAACUGUGAAUCUGAAGGAUGCACCAAGUACUUUACCACCCUCAGUGACCUGAGGAAGCACGUGCGCACACACACCGGGGAACGGCCCUUCCGCUGUGACCAUGAUGGCUGUGGGAAGGCGUUUGCUGCCAGCCACCACCUGAAGACGCACGUGAGGACACACACAGGAGAGAAGCCGUUCUACUGCCCCAGCGACGGCUGUGAGAAGACCUUCAGCUCCCAGUACAGCCUGAAGAGCCACAUCAAGGGCCACGACAAGGGCCCCUACACCGUGUCCCUCAGCCAAUCUGAAGAUGCAAAUCACUCUCUCUGCCUGAGUGACCUGAGCCUCAUCUCCACCGAUUCUGAGCUGCGGGAGAACCUGCACAAUUCUCAGGGUCUGGACCUGAAUAAUGUCACCCCUGUGCGGAUAUUCGAGCUGAUGUUCCAGAGCCCAGAAAACAGCGUCAGUCAGGAUGAGGCUCCGCCUUCAGACGGGCUGGUGGAGGCGUUCCCCUCGGAAAGCCCUGCCCCUCCUGCCGCCUCGGACCCCGCCUCCCUCCUCUCCCUCCCCCUGCCGUUCUCCGCCUCCUCCCCCUCCCUGACCACGCCCGUCCCGGAGAGCCCCGCCCACCCCGCACAAGGCCCUGCCCCUGGCUCCGCCCCCUUCGUUCCCGCCCAGGAAGUGCCUGCCCCGCCCCCGGUCCAGCACUUCCUGUCCCUGCAGCCGACCUUCCUGCCGCAGGACCCCGCCCCCGGCUCCUCCCAGGCCGCGCCCCCUGCCGCGGCCGCCGUUGCCACGGCGACCGUCACAGCGGCGACCGUCACCGCGGAGACGCCCCCGCCCCCCGCGGCCGCCCCGACGGUGCACAGCGUGCCUUUAACCGCCAGCACGGGCCCCCCCACCCUCACCAUGGCCCCCCAGCAGGGCCUGCCCGGGAUCGUCAUGUCCGACCAGAACCUGCAGUGGAUCAUCAACAGCAGCACCGGCACACAGAACACGGAGCAGACGCAGCAGGGUACGAAGGUAGAGAAGGUGUUCUUCACCACCGCCAUCCCUGUGUCCGGGAGUGCAGGCAACGCGGUGCAGCAGAUUGGUCUGAGCGUGCCCGUGAUCAUCAUCAAGCAGGAGGAGUCGUGCCAGUGCCACUGCUCCUGUCGGGACGGCAAGGACAGGAGCAAGAGCUCGGCCCCCCCCGCGGACCAGCCCACGGACACGCCCCCCGCCCCCGCCCCCGCAGCCGAGCCGGCCCCGCCCCGCCCGGUCCCCGUCCCGCCCCCCAACCCGGCCGCCGAGGCCCCGCCCCCCGCCCCGGGCCCCGCCCCCGCCGCGCAGACGUUCCCCGACGCGCUCUUAGCCCCGCCCCCCGAGACGCAGGCCGACGCCCUCGUCAACAUGGACAUGUCGGACUUCCUGUCCCUGCAGAGUCCGGAGACGCCGGGGAACAUCGAGGCCCUGCUGCUCGUCCCCGACUUCCCCAUCGCCGGGGGGGGCAGCGGCUCGGCAGCCGGGGGCAGCUUCGCAAAAUAA